UAUAUUAUUUGUUUGGAAUUUAUUCUGGUGACGUAACCAUUAAUGUUCUAUCCUCCACGCGGUUCUCAUAAACCGACCUACUACCUUCUUUUAUUUUUCCUUGAUGUCUCUCUCUAUAUAUUUACAUACACACGCAUUUGUACAUAAAUAUUCAAAGAUUAAAACAUUCUUGAUCGAUUCAAAACAUUGUUUUUCAGACAAAUAUUCAUAAAAUCUUUGCCUUAGAUCGAAGUUCUUUACACUAAUCGCUCCAAGAUGAGUCAGUACGAUCACAACCAAUCUGCGGGAGCUAACCCACCGCCACCGACGUCUACCGGUCCAUCACCACCACCGCCGAUUGGUUACCCGACGAACCAACCGAGUCAUGGUUCGGUAGCUCAGGGUAAAGUGGAAACCAAGUCUAAGGGCGACGGAUUCUUUAAAGGCUGUCUUGCGGCCAUGUGUUGCUGUUGUGCCCUGGACAUCUGCUUCUAAGCUAUUUGGAAUGGUUUAUUUAUGACGAGUGUAUGUGAAUGUGAUGUGAAUUAUUUAUUCUCUCCAGCCUUAUUGUAUAAAUUCUAUAUUUUUUUGUUUAUAAGUUUCUUGUAAUACUUGGGAUUCGAACAUAUUAUGGUUUGUAUUUGGACCUCUAGUAUUUAAAUUCAUUUGUCUUGCUCU